UGUGUAUAAUAUUAUUUGUUGUAAUUAUUGUGUUAAAUAAUUUCAAUCGUAAUUAAAUGGCUUAAAAACUACCGCCUGCUCCUUAUCACUGGAGUCUACAGAAUGUUUUGUGUGGUAUGGAAGGUUAGUGUUUCCGUUGUUGAUAUUUUAUUGUUAUUAUUUUUAUCAAUAAUAUUAUCACUCGAAAAUACGAGCGAAAUUAACAAAAGUCAGUGGCUAACGUGAUUUUGUUAUCACGGCGGCCGACUAAAGCGCAGUGGUCAUUCAUUCACCAUGACAGCCAAAGUUCCAAAAUUAAACGAAAUACAAGUUCAAAUGUUAAGUUGCGUCUUUGACGGCUUACCACCGCGACUCUGUAUACCUAAUAUAAUAUAUUAUAUUACGUGACCGUGUUCACAUGAUAUGAUUGUUACAGUCGAUAGUCGUGCUAUAUCAAUUAAAUAAUUACUUUCAAUUUUAAAAUAUUGGAAGCUGCAAUAAUUAUAAAAGCGAUAACGAUAAUAUUAUUGCAGUUUUGAUAGUGCGCAAAUAUUGCGGGACGCCUUCCGGAGGUCGUGCACACUGGUAGCUGCUGAUCUGGGGGUGGCGUUUUCACCCGACCGUUUUCGCCCCCUGACCGUGGGCGAACGAUGAGGACGCACCAAACGUCAACGGGAAACGAUGGCCCACUGACGUGAACUUAGACGCACCUGAUCGACCGUUCUUGCAGUUCACCAACACUAGACGCGGAAGAAUCGGAGACGACGUCGUUCAAAGGAAUCGGCUGUCACCAAAAUUCACCGGGUGACCGUGGGGCAUUAUGUUCUCCGUCAACACUUUUGAUACUCGCGGGUAAGAGUUUUGUUUGGUUAUUUCCCUCCGUCGUUUCCCCCGCUACCUAUCCCUGCAGACACGGGCUGUUUAUUGAUCGAUAAGAGGGAGGUACGCGAAUAAUAUGGUACCUACCAACGGUACCUAAUAAUAAUUUUUUUACCAAGCUGUUAUAAAAAAUAUUUACAGUCCAUAUGUUUGAUAUUUUAAGUGUUUUUUUUUUUCAUCCUCCGUGUAGUCUACUUUGUUCGUAAGAAGCAUAUGGUGCUUUCUCAUUUUGAAUGCUAAGUAAAUUAUCGUUAGUAUGUAUGUGACAUGUAAAGUUUUGUAGUAUGGAGGGGGGGGGACUUCGAGUCCUUUGUCGAAUUCCUCUACCCUUUAAUAUUUUUCGUUGAUCGCAAUUUGUUUGAGUCACAGUAAUAAUAUCAUUCCCCACAUUCAAUUGUUGUCCAUUCUUAUAUGACCAGAGUAUAAAAUCCACCAUUCACCCCUCCCUCUCUCCUCCAUCAAUGUGUAAAAUUUAAUAAUUAUUAGUUAUCCAUUUGUGUGUUUUUUGCGUACGAAAGAAAUUAAUUUUAUUAUUUGUUUGUGCAAGCUGUGGUGGCUGAACGUUUUAACGUUACCACUCACUGCCUUGACUUAUUAGGUUCAAGCAUAUUGCAUUUUUAAUAUCAAUGAAUUUCUGUUUUUAAUUUUUCAUGCAAUACAAUCCUUGAGCCAAGGUUUCCAUAAAUAUAGUAUAGGAAUCAUUCUAACGGAGAAAUUAUGAAAAUAAAUUUAAAUGUGUAUUUAGAAUAAUUAUUUAUACAUAUGAUAUGUACAUUGACGGCUAAGAUUAUGAAAAAAAAACUAAAGUAGAAUCUUUAUCAUGUGCUAAAUAUGGUACACUUUGAACUAGAGAGUUAGAAUUUAAUCCAAAAACAUGGUUUAAUUUAGUUAAAAACAAAAGUUCCUGUUAUUUUAGCAUUUCAAAGAAUACCUAUCUACCUAACCUAACUGCUAAUUUAAUCAUUUACUCAUAACUCAUCUUACUAACCACGACAACUUAGUGGAUGAUUUUAAGAUAUUUUUUAAGAGCUUUUUGGUACCAACACAUACAUAAUUGUGGCACUGUGUCUUAUAUAGUUACAUUGAUUGUUUACUUGUUUAUGGGAUACUCAUCUGAUAUGAAUAGUUCACAGUAAAUUGCCUAUCGUACCUGUUUAUAACACCUAAUGAUGUAGUAUAUGACUAAAGUUAAUUAUUGUUAGUAAAGAAUGUGUAAAUUUAUCAUAUUUUCUUCUAAAAUAGAAAUGUAUUUGCUGCUUUAUUAAAAUUUUAAAAAUUGGUUUACCAUAAUUUGAUCAAUUAAAAUUGAAAGUUAGUAUUAAUAAUAAAAACUAUGAAAUAAAUUACAAUUAUUCUUUUUAUUUUUAUUAAAUUUUAUUAUAAAUUUGAACAUCAAAUCCUUUUAAAAAUAAAAACAAUUUGUUACUUUACUUUAUUUUUUUUUAUUAUUUAGGCUUUGCGAGCUAUUUAGACUUUUGGCUGCCAAAACUACUUUCCAUCAUUCUCAAUCAUAUACCUAUUCCCAAUUCGUCUGCUCCAAUUUCUUCUAAUAAUUCCUUGACGCUGUCCUUCCAUAAUUUCCGCAGUCUUCUUGGUCUCGUUCCUCUCACUAUAUAUGUGAAUGCUCCUUUUAGUAUACUUCCACCGGCCUCCCAUUGUUUCUUUGCCCCUCUGAUAAAUUGGACUACAUCUUCUCUUUUGUAAAGCUGGUAUAGCUGGGUGUUAGUUUUUAUUUCUCAUUUUUGUUCUAUAUUUUGAAUAUGGGUUCAUAGAUUUUUUUAAGGACUUUUCUUAAACUGUGUAGUUUUUUAUCAUCAUCUCUGCCGUUGCCCACUUGGCGCAUACAUUUGUCAAUACAGGACAGAUUUAACUUAUACAUAAAUGUUCUUUUGUUUUUCUUGAAAACAGUUUAGAUUUAAAGAGAUCUCUCAGUACAUAAAAGUACUCAUAGAAGUAUCAAUCUGAUUUUGAUCUCUUCAUGCAUGUUGUUUUUGCUAUUUAGGGUAGUACUGAAGUAAUUGAACUUCUUGUACUUGCUCAAAGGUUAGGUUAGGUUGUUAUUUCCCACGUGCAAGUUAUUAUGAUCACCCUUCCUCGUUUUAUCCCAUCAUGUUCCACUGUUAAUUUCUUGGCUAAUAUCUUUUUCUACCUAUUAGUUUAUUAACAAUACUUUGAAUACCCUCUUGUGAUUUCCUGAUGACCACUAUGUCUUCUGUGUAUGCUAGUAAGACAUUUCCUUCGUCAAGGUUUUAUGUUGUAGUUUGUGAUAUUUUCCUUAUUACACUCUCCAUUGCUAUAUUGAAGAGCACUGGUGACAUCACAUCUCCUUGUUUCAAUCCAUUUUUUAAUUAUAACCAUGACUCGGCUACUGGUCUUCGUGUUACACAGAGUUGUAUCAUGGUGAUUAGUUUAGUUGGUACACCAAAAUGUUUAAACAAUUUUUAUAUUCUUUUUUUGUUUAUGCUAUCAUAGGCUUGCUUAUAGUCUACAAAUGCAGAUCUUUUGGGAACUCGUAUCUUUUCCAUAAUUUGUCUUAUGACAAACAUGUGAUCAGCAGUUUAUUUAUUUUUCAUAAAUCCUCUUUGGUAGUUAUCUAUUAUAUCGUCUGUAUAAUAUUUGCAAUCUUUUGAGUAUGAUUAAUGAUAAUACCUUAUGCCCAGUGUUCAACAGUGUUAUUCCUCUGUAAUUCUAUACUCAGAUUUAAUACUUCUAGUUUUGCUGUAUAAUAUGUGCUGUCUUCCUGUUCACCUACAUCCAUUGUUGAGUCUUUAUUAAGGAGUUUUUCAAAGUAUGCUCUAAAUUCCUCAGCAAUAUUCUCUGAUCUAGUAAUUAGAGUAUCAUCAUUAUUUUAUAUCAUUUGUAUAGCUGGUAUAAAUCUACUUUUGAUUGUUUUGCAACAUUUGUAGAAUUCUCUGUGAUUGUAUUUAAAGUUUUCAAUGUCUUCUAAUCAAGUAAAAUCAAAACCAUUAAAAGUGAUUAAUACAAGUAAAUAAAUACAUACAUUUUUUAUUUAUAAUUUUUCAUUUUAUAUAUUUAUUUACUAUGUUUUUUGAUAUAUUUUUUUUGCUAUUUUCUAUUCUUAUCCGUACAGUUACUUCUCUACGCUUUUUCUUAAAUUCCAUAAUGUUCUCAUGGAAGUUUUUGAACAUUUACUUAAAUGGAUCACCUGGUACAUCCAACAUAGUAAUAAAUUACUGAUUAUAUUUAUUUCAACUCAUAUUUUGUAAAUUAAUAAGUGGCAUCAGGACGAGAUAUUUCAAUGUCCGAUUAUUUAUUGUAUCAAAUUUCUUGUUAAACCCAUAUCAUAAAAUCCGAAUGGGUAUCACACACUGGUAUAAACAAUAUCAUACCAAUCUUUUUUCUACAUACGGGUGUGUAUAAAUAGGAAUCUAUGUGGUAUAUUGGUUGAAUUUUCCGAAUUUCUAGUACAUAUAGAGAGAAAAAACUUAAAUCGAAUUCACUAUCAUGGAGACCUUAAAAUUCCUUUAAUCUGUGUAAUAAUUUAUGUAUUUAUUUUUUUUUUUUUUUCAGUUAUCAAAGAGAAGACCUGAGAAUGAUCAUUAAAUAAUUAUUCCUAUAUGAGACACUGAUGAAAUAUAACCCAUGUAAAAAAAUGUUAAAAUAUUAAAAAAUGAUUUUUACAAUAUUGUUCAUGUAUAGAAUAUAAUUUGUGAUUGUGUUUUCAUUUUCUGUCUACAAUUUAUAACCUUUCAAUAUUUUUAGAUUCUCCAUUAACGAAGGUUAUAGUACAACUACUCCUAUAUAAAUUUAAUUGCUCUAUGGUCAAGGACAUAUGUAAGAAAAGGGGAUUAAACACCCAUCUUUAAAUAAUUACAAUUAUUUUUUUAACUUCCAAUUAACUCUUAUAACAAAUGAUAGAUAGCCAGAACCCCUUCCAUCCUCAUAAAUAAUAUAUACCUAUACCUCUGUUUACAGUCUACAUGAAUUUUAGAUUUUGAGCAAAGGGAGGAAUGUACCUAUUGAUUUUACUAUGAUAUGUAUUAGGUCUGUAAACAACUUCCACCAGAAAUUUUGCUCUGAUAUAUGGAGUGUACUACCUUUUCUGAAAGGAAAUUUUACCUAGUUGGUGCAUUAAACAGGUCAUUUUUUGAUUUUCUGAAGAAUAUUCAAAAUAAUUAGAAAAUUAUAAAUAAAACAUCAAAUAUUAAUGGCGUGCCAUGUUAUUACCAAUUUCAUUGUUUUCAAUUUUUGCAAACUAAUUACGUUUUCUACUUUAAAUACUGCUUCAAUAAAAAAACAAGAUCUUUUUUGUUGCACUUUUAAUCUUGCUGUUAGUUAAGAAAGCUGGUUUUCAAUUUUCCUUAUAGUUUUUUUUGAUAACCGAUCAAAGUACAACCAAAAAAACGUAGAAAUAUGACAAAAUUUAUGAAAAUAAGUUAACAAUAUGUAUAAACUUGAAAUUUUGACACAAAACUUAUAUUUAUCUUUCCUAGACUUAGUAAAAUUUUUGAAAUAUUAGAGCCAUUUUUGAGUUGUUAGUAGAUAUUUAAGAUUAAUGAUUAUAGAUUAUUUUAAUUUCGUCAGUUUUUUAUGUAAUAUUCAUUUAGUAGGUACUUAUUGGGUAAAAUUGUUAUAUUUUGAUUCUAUUUCAGCCUAAAUUAUCCAGAUUUAUUUAACAGUAGUCAAAAUAUAUAAUUUAAAAAAUGGUUUUGGAAUUAAAAAUUGAAAUUGAUCAUAAAAUCCAUCCAUUGAUGGACCACAACUAUAUAAAAGUAAACCGAGGUAAGUUUUGAUUAAUGAUGUAUAUAUAUUUUAAUAUAAUUUUAAAUUAAAAUUAUAUUCAUUUUCUAGGUGUUAACCUCAAAAUUGAUGCCAAAAAAGAAUCGACCAAUAAUAAUGAAAAAAUUGUUAAACAACAACUAUCGAAUGAUCAUAAUUACUUUUUACCAAGUAUUUAUAUUUAUUAAUGGAUUAUUUCUGAAAUAUUAAUAAUUUUGUAAUUGUAGAUAUCAAUAUUGUUAAGAAUAAGCAAAAGAUCCAGCAACAUUUAAAAGAACAUUCCUACUGUAAACCAAGUAUGCACAUUAAUUAAAACACACUUUAAAUAUAUUGAAAUUUUAUGUAAAAGUUGAAAAUAUCAUAGGCUUUCUAGGUUUAGAAAACAAUCAUUUACCUGAAAAAAACUCUAAUAUUUCCCAAAAUGAAGCUGUAACCAACAAAGAAAAGAACAAUAAUGAAACAAUUAAGAGUAAGUAUUAUUUCUGAAGAGUAUUUUUAAGGAAUUUAAUAUCUUUAAUCUGACACAUAUAGAACUAUGCAGAGAAUUACAGUUUUCAGAAAAUUGAUAAGAAGCCAGUCACAAUAUUUCAAUGUUGCCAAUCUAUACAAAACAAUUUUUUUAAAUUGUAUAGUUUAUUCAUAGCUGCUAACCAAUUUCCUAAAUUAUAGUACAAUAGUUUAAUAUUUUAUGUUUUUUCAUAACCCUAUUUUCGAGAUAAUUGAUAAGUACCUAAUUCCAAUACAGCUAUAGAUUAAUAAGUUAUAGUUAUAAAACUAUAACUUAUUACCAAUUAAAGGUACUUCACCUAUAAUGUUCCUCUUCACAUUUUGUUGCACAACAUAUCUAGGGUUAUUUUAAAAUUGAGUGAACACAACUUUAUUUAACUUUUUUUCUUUACAUUAGCUACAAUUUCUUAUCAUUUUUCUGAAAAUUAUGUAACUACCCAGAACUAUAAAAGUAUCAAAUAAUUUGUGAAGUCCAAUUUGUAAAUUCUAAGGUAUACCUUUGGCAGGUUUGGCCCCCACAUGAACUUGUUCAGCGGGACCCAUUAUCUUUUUGAAGAAAUAAACGAUAAUAAUACAUUAUUACUAAAGACUGGAUUUUGCAUCAAAUACAUGCUACUAUUUUCUACACCAUAUAAAUGCAGUUAAUAAUUGUCCUAUGGUUGUCACCACACCUGGAAUACAGGGAAACUUGAAAAAGCUAAGGGAUUUAAAAUUUUUUUCCGGGACUUAAAAAAAAACCGAAGAAAACAUUUUUAAUCCGAAGAAUGUAUUUAUGAUAGGAUGUUUUCAAUGCUAUUUAUGGUUUUAAGAAUUAUAGUAUAUUAAAAAUUAAAUUAGAUGGGUUAUCCAAAAAAUUUUAUCAAACUUUCAAUGUUGAUUUUCAGAAAUUUAUACAGUCUACUAUUAUCAUGAUUAACCAGAUUAAUACCACUAACUAAAUAAGUUGGUGCAGCUGUUUGCAUAUUACAUUUCAAUAAAUUUGUGAAAAAAUAUAUCUGGCUACACAGAUUUUUAAUAUUUUUCAUUGUCUAACUUCAAUUAUUUGUAUAUGUUAUGGUAUUAUGUAUUAUAACAUUUAAUUAGUAAUUAAUUUUGUUUGUUUUGACGAGUUAUUAGUUAACUCUAACUAAACAUUAAGUUUUUAAACUAUAUUCUAAAUUUGUUUUUUGUUAUUGUUAUAAUUUCUAAAAUAAAAAGCAAUUAGUGGUGUGGUAUGGAAGUGUAGGCUUAAAAAAGAUAUAAAUAAUAAACAUUCUUUCUAUUGUAUUCUAUUUUAUAGUAGAUAUUUUUUAAAAAUAUUUAAUUGAUAUUGAGAUAAUUGUAAUGAUAUGAAAAGUUUUAAAAAAUAUAUCCCAGAGAGUCAGGGAAUUUGUCAAUUUCAAAAUUGUUAACCAUAAAUCCAUAAAUAAAACCAUAAAUCAUAAUUCUAUUUUCUGUAUGUUUCGUAUAUUUUUUGGUUUAUUUGUUACUAUAAACAGAUUCAAGUAAAAACAUUAUGUUUGUGUGUCUUAUAGUGAAAAUGUGGCUUUACCUGUUUUAGCUUAAUUGUUUAUUUUAUUUAAUCUUGUAGAUAAAAUGUGCAAAAAAAAACAUACUUUUAUACUCAUACAACUGGUAGUUAAAUUAAAUUAUAAUAAAUUGUAAUUAUAAUUAUUAUUUAAAUUUUAAAUGUUGUUGCCUGAGUGUCUUUUAAAACAUGUACAACCUAACAGUACAGUUAGUAAAGAUUAAUAGUUGUGUACAAAUAUACAUUAAACUCCCCUCUAUAUCUUAUCUUCUUGACUUCUCACCAUAACAGUAAACCAACCAUCAUGGAAAGUAUGCCAGUAUAUUUUUUUUCAUAUCAAAUUACACUAAUAUUGUUAUUUUUAAUAGUUAUUGAAAACCAAGUUCCUGUUCAACAAUUGGAAGAUCUUACACUUGUGCAUUCUAAGGAAGAAGCCUCAACAUAUACUAUAUUACCAGGUGUCAGGCUUAAUUCUCAAGUUUUUAUGGACAAUUUAAAUCACAGAUAUUACAAAUGUUGCAAGAGGAAAGACAAAAUGUAAGUAAUUAUUGUAUUGAAAUUAUUCAGAUUAGACUAUUUAGGUGCCUGUAUAUAUGCUCUUAUUUAUUUUUAUUCGAUUUUGGCAACAAAUCAUUGAAUUAUAUUAAAAUAAUCAUCUAUUUUUUUUAAACUAUUAAGAUAUUUAGUAUGUGAAAAUAAAAAGAACAAAGUCAAAAGUUGUCCAGUACUGGCGACCAUAAGUAUAGAUUUGAAUGACAAUAGAAUAAAAACAACUGGGCCGCAUAAACACUUACCCCGACAAGUAAACAUCCCUAUGCUUUUUUUUAGAAGAGCUAUAGCAAUAGAAGCUAGCAAAACUGAAUUGUUGUCUACCUCUGUUAGACAGCUAUACGAUCAAGAAAUAGCUAGGUAAGCAAGUAAUGAAUAUUAAUAAUGUUGAUGAAAUUCUGCAAUAUCAAUAAUUUGUUUGAACGGAGUGAUUAUUGGGGACUAUGACAAAUAAAUUUUAUUUUGCCCUUUUUUAAAUUAAAUAACAAUAAUGUAUACCUUUGUAAAGUGGUUUUACUAUUUAUAUAAAGAUCAAUGAGACAUACUUAAUAGAUUUUUUUACUGUUUUCAGAAAUCCAGAAGGUGCCAAAAAUUAUUCUAUUUUACAAUCUCAAAUGUCUGUAAGAAAACGACGAUAUCGUAGUCGUCGUUUAAAUAAACCAGAAAAUAUUCAAGAAACUCCUAAUAUCCCAAGACAAGAUAUAUUAGAGAAUAAUUUGCGUACAUUUGUCAAGUUAAAUCAAUUUAAUAAGUUUGAUACAUUGGAUAUGUCAAAUAAAGUAGAUAAAUUAGAUGAAACAGAGAGACCAAAUAAACUGGCUAAAAUGGAUAUGUCAGUUAGAUCAGAUAAGUUGAAUAAAUUGGACAUAUUGUUCAAUACUACAACUACCACAGUUCCUUUUACAUUUAUGAAUCCACUACCCUCAAGUAAGGGAAACAAAUUAAGUAAAAUUAAAAAUUGUUUGUGAAAAAUGUUUUAUAUUGAUAAAAUUUAACUAAUUUGUUUAUAUUAAAUUUAUAAAUGAACAAAAAAAAAAAUUAAAAUAAGAAAAAUGUAUAUCCAGGUUGAUUAAUCUAUCAUAAGACACUCAUUAUCUCUGAAAGUAUUAACUUUUUUUGACAUUUGUUUUGUAGAAAAUUUUAAAAACAUCAACUGUGCAAUUUUAUGUUUAUGUUAUUUUUUGUCAUCCUAAUGUUUGAGAGUAGUGGUACUUUCUUAAACCACCAUGUGACAAAAAAUAAUGUAAAUGUUAAAUUUUAGAACAGCUUGUUCCUUUAAAACAAAUUUUUGAUAAAAGUUAAUAUUGAGUGUUUUACGAUAGAUUGAUCACCCCAUAUAUAUAUGUAAAGUGGGUAAAAUACAAUAACUGUUAGUAUACAUAUUACCCGGGUAAUGUGAACCUCAUCCAUAUGAACAGUGUAAUGUAUACAUUAUCCACCUUAAAUAUGUAGUAUCCAAUCAAUUUAUACAUUAUCUGCUUUGCAUUAUAUGCUGUGGAUAAAGUACUCGUAUAACUGUAAUCAUAAACUUAUAAUGUCGGUACAACAUGACCAAUGCAUCAAACACUUAAAAUGGUACAUAUUAUACAGUCUUUCUAGUAGCAAAACCAAAUAAUACUAAUUCAAAAAAAAUUAUUAUUAUUACUAUUAAACUAUAAAUUGUAUAUUUGAACAAUUUUACUAUUUAAUUAAUUAAAAUUUAAAAAUGAAAUACAAUUAUUUAUUAGAACAAUUUGAGUUCGGUUGACAUUUUGAAUUACAAAGUAUUCCCGGAUUUUCAUUUACAUUUAUUUGUUAAGCAUUUAGUUUUACAUAAACACUUCUUAAAACCUUGCACAUUAACUAUUUCAAAAGAUUUUUUUGUGGCUAAAACUUCUAAAAUAUCUAUUAAUGGUUCAGAAUAUACUUUACCCACUCAGUCAUAGAUAAUGUAUAAAAUACCUGAGUAAUGUUUUAAAAAUAGUAUUUUUACUUCAUCCAAUAGGUACAGGUAGUGUACAUAUUACCUGGAUAAUAUGAACACUAACCAUAUUUUGCAUUUUACCCUUACAUAUAUAUAACAUAUAUUUAACACAUAUAUUACAUAUAUUUAACAUAUAUAUAUAUAUAUAUGCUGUAGGCCAUAUGAAAAAUAAGUCUGCAUAAAGACUUGGUUCUUUGCAAAGGGAUAGCUUGUUUGCAAACUACUUAUUAUUUUUCCAAACAGCUAGCUGUUUUUCAGGCUUAUUGCAGACAGACUGAUAGCAGUCAGGCCUUUUAAGAGCUACCAUAAAUUAUUAUUACUAUAACAGCAAUUUUAUUAAAAUUUAUUACUUUUACAAAAACAAAAAGGAAAAAUAUAAUAUAUAAACUCUAUCUUUUAUAUUUAUUUAUUUUAUUUAGUAUUUAUAUUUACAAAUUAAUUAUUAUUUCUUAGUGCAUGUUUUUUUUGUGGCAUUUUGAGCUACACAAUACAUUAUUUUCCAAUCAAAUUGCUAUAUAAUAAUUGUAGUUCUUUAAUGGCCUAACUGCUAUCAGUCUGUCUGUAAUAAACCUGAAAAACAGCCAGCUGUUUGGAAAAAUCAUAAGUAGUUUGCAAACAAGCUAUCCCUUUGCAAAGAACCAAGUCUUUAUGCAGACUUAUUUUCCAUAUGGCCUACAGCAUAUAUAUAUAUAUAUAUAACUACUUGGAAAAAUAAUAAGUAGUUCUCAAACUAUAAAGGGAUUACCCUUUUGCAAAAGGAUCAAUAUUCCAUAUGGCCUAAAACAUUUAUUUGAUGUGUGUACUUAAUCUACUUAAAGUGUAAUUAUUUUAAUCAUUACAUAAGUGAAUUUUUAAUAAUGUAUGAAUUUGUGCUAAACAUUUUGGCCUAUAAUAACAAACAAUCCAAAAUUAUUAUUUUUUAUAUGCACAUUUUACCGAAUAUGAAAAUGUGAGUCUUCAUGUUUCAGUAAGUAAUUUGUCGGCUCAACUUGUUCAGUAUUCAAAGGAUGUCCAAAUAACAACAACAAGCCAGAUAGAUAUUGAUCAAACUCUACCGAAAAACCCGAUGCCGAAAAACUAUUCGUAUACUAUAAUUUCUGAUGUUCAACAGUCCUCAAGAACAUUUAUUGACAAUUUGUUCUAUAAAUAUUAUAAAUAUUCAAAUAAUAAUAACAUUGUGUAAGUAUUAUGAAUAUUGUAUUAAUUUCUUUAAUAAUAUUAUUUUACCUAUAUAAUUGUAGAAUAAUUUAAUGGUUUUGUUUCAAAAUUUGUUUAGAUAUUUAGAAUGUGAAUUUCACAAGAAAAAAAAGUCAGAAUUUUGUCCAGUUACAGCAUCCAUAAAUAUUGGUUCUAAAGAUAGGGAGUUAAAAUUGUCUGGGCUACAUACUCAUUUACCCCCAAAGAAUUCAAUUUAAGACCCAAGAAAAAUGUUAAAAUGUAUUGUCAAUUAAUAAGUUGAAAUUAUGCCUACUAUACCAAACGACUAUAAAAAUAAGAAAACAGUAAUGUAAGUGCGAAAUAGUAACCACACUAAAUAUUAUUUGCAGUACAAUACAUCUAUAAUGCAAAAAAGUUGUGUACUAUAUUUUUCCUUACCUGGUAAUGUCCAUAUUUUCAAUAAAUGGUUGGUGACUCCCAGAUCUCAUUUUCCAACAGACAUGCUUAAAUUAUUACAUAAAUAUUUGGGUUUGGUGUGUAGAGCCAGUAGGGGAAACCUUACUGGUUUAUUUAUUUAAAAUUGUUAACCAAGGGCUGUAAUAAUAAUUAUUAUUUUCAUGAUAUGCAUUAUGUAAGUAGGUUAUUAGGUAUAUUUUUAGUUACAUUGUUCUACCUAUUGUUUAUGAUUUAUGUUUAAUUAUACCACACAUUCAACUAUAUAGUAAUCUAUAAAGUAUUUAUAAUUAUAUUGUUCUAUUGCUGAUCCAAAAAUAAACUAACAAACUUUAUUAAGUUAUACACUCUAUCUAUUCCUCAAUUAAUCUGAUGGCCAAUCAUCAGAUAGAAAAGAUAUUAAAAAACAAAAUUCUAUUUAGUAGAAAGAAUACUCUGGUGAUAGAUUGUGAAUAUGUCUGAUUGAUAAUAAUGAAUUUAGGAAUAUGGAUUUCCAUUUAAUUAAUAAAGGAAUAAGUGGGUAGUAUAAUAUUAUUAUUGUAUUUAAUUUUGAGUAAUUUAUUUCAGAUAGAGAUGUUUAUCAAAAAAAAUUAAAUUCUGGAUCCACAGCUGUCCUUGAAAUUUUAGGGAUAAAAGUAAAAUUUUAAUAUAUAUUCUAUGUAAUUUAUUGUGUAAAAUAUAGUUCUCAUAAAUGUAUACAUAUAGUAUUUAUAGUACCUAUAAAUUUGCAUCUUUACAAAUUAAUAUUAUUUAUUUAUUUAGUUAGUAUUUUCAUUAACUCCUCACCUCUAGAUAAUACUUAAGUGUUUUUAAUUAAAUGAGUUCCAUAUACAUGUAAAAAAAAAAUUGAGUUACCUUUUAAGACUGUUAAAUUGUUUUACUUUUUAGGAACUUAAUUUAAGUGUUAAAUUAAAUUAAUAACAUGAUGUACACCGAAUAACAUAUAUUUAUAAUCUGUUUUGCCAUGUUGAUUUUAUGUUUUCUCAAAUCUCUAAAUAUAUCUCAUAUUAAAUAUUACAUUUACAUAUUAAAUCCUUGUCAAUUGCAUUACCAACUGAUAAAAUUAAUUUUAUGGCAAUAUUUCUCAAUGCUUGUUUUAUUAAACUAAUACAAUUUCUUCACUUAAUGUCUGACUGAAACAUAUUAUUAUCUCCCUAUGUUGACAAUCUAUCAAAUAAUACUACUGCAAUUUUAUUUAAUUCUUUUUUAUUUAAAAUUAUAUUUAGAUUUAAGGUAAUCAUUUGUAACCAUUGUUUCCUACUUAGUCCCUCUAAUGUUCUUAAGAUAUGAGUAAUAUAUUAUAAUAUGUAUGGAUCCACAAUGAAUAUUGUAAAAAUAUUCAAGGGAUUAACCACUAUUUAAAAUUAUUUAUGCACCAGAUUAAUGACCCAAUCCCUUGGUUAUAAAGUAUUGAAAUGUCCAUGUUUAUAAAAUAUUAUGUAUUUAUGUUUUUUUAUUUAUAUUUACGUAUAUUCCAUAUAUAUAACUUUAAGAAGAAUUUUCUCAAUAUUUAAAUUAUUUAUAAUUUUAUCUUAAAUAUUUGUAUUUGUUCCAAUUUUCAUAUUGAUUUAUUAUGUUACACAUUACUUUUUUUGUAAAAUUACUUAUUAAGAUGUUUAUUUCAUAAUUCAUAAAAAGUUAAUUUUUUAUGUACAUACCUAUUUCUAGUCUUAAUUUUUAACCUUAC